AUAAUUAAAGAGUACCUACACGACUCGACUUCUUCUCACCAUACCCUAUACUUUUGCCUCCCUUUUGGCUUUCUCUACCUCAUUAUCACAUCUCUUCCUUCCUAGGUAUUGCUAUAUUCUAUGAUCCAUCAUUUGUUUAAUAAAUUAUGACGGAAGACAACGUCUAUGCGCAGGAUGGGACAGUCGAUUUCAAGGGAAAUCCGGCAAAUAAAAAGGAAACUGGACACUGGAAGGCUUGCCGUUUCAUUCUUGGUACUGAAUGCUGUGAAAGAUUGGCAUACUAUGGAAUGAGUACCAAUUUGGUAAACUAUCUUCAGGAACGUCUCCACAUGGGAAAUGUCACUGCAUCAAACACUGUAACCAAUUGGUCCGGAACUUGUUACAUUACUCCGUUGAUCGGAGCCUUUCUCGCCGAUGCAUACUGGGGACGAUAUGGGACAAUUGCCACUUUUGUUAUGGUGUACAUCUGUGGGAUGACACUCUUGACAAUUUCUGCUGCAGCCCCUGGACUUAAGCCAAUAUGUGAUAACAAUAAUUCUUGCCACCCAAAAACAAUGCAAGUUGUGUUAACCUAUAUUGCACUUUAUUUCAUUGCUCUUGGAACCGGUGGAAUCAAGCCGUGUGUCUCGUCCUUCGGUGCAGAUCAAUUCGACGAAAUGGAUGAUGACGAAAAGAAGAAAAAGAGUUCCUUUUUUAACUGGUUUUACCUCUCAAUUAACGUUGGUGCACUUGUUGCUUCUUCUGUUUUGGUUUGGAUACAAAUGAAUGUAGGUUGGGGCUGGGGAUUUGGGAUCCCAACGGUUGCAAUGGCAGUUGCAGUUGUGUUUUUCUUCUUAGGAGGCAAGCAAUAUCGACGUCAAAAGCCGGGAGGGAGUCCCAUUACGAGGAUUAUACAAGUUAUAGUCGCGUCGUGUAGGAAAUCGAAGGUUCAGGUUCCUGACGACAAAUCUCUACUUUACGAAAUUGAAGAUGAAGAAAGUCAUAUCCAAGGGAGUCGAAAGCUUGAGCACACCGACAAGUUCAAGUUCUUCGACAAGGCCGCCGUAGUGGAGACUCAAUCCGACAUUAAAGAGCCGACAAAUCCAUGGAUGCUUUGCACAGUGACUCAAGUGGAAGAGCUUAAGAGUGUUAUCAGGUUACUUCCAGUAUGGGCAAGUGGGAUAGUUUUUGCUACUGUCUAUAGUCAAAUGAACACAAUGUUUGUUUUACAAGGCAAUACCAUGGAUCAACAUAUGGGUCCAAAUUUUAAGAUUCCAUCAGCAUCACUGUCCCUGUUCGACACUCUCAGUGUUAUCUUUUGGGCUCCGGUAUACGAUCGCCUCAUCGUAAAAUAUGCAAGGAAAUACACCGGAAACGAACGAGGAUUCACGCAGCUACAGCGUAUGGGCAUUGGUCUCGUCAUCUCGAUUUUCUCCAUGAUCGUUGCUGGAGUGUUAGAGGUGGUUCGGCUUGGUUAUGUUCAUAAGCAUAAUUUCUAUGAUCUUGAGUACAUUCCAAUGUCGAUAUUCUGGCAAGUUCCGCAGUAUUUUCUGAUUGGAUGUGCGGAAGUGUUUUUCUUUAUUGGUCAGAUGGAGUUCUUUUAUGACCAAGCUCCCGAUGCUAUGAGAAGUUUGUGCUCAGCUCUAUCACUUACGACCGUUGCGCUAGGAAACUACUUGAGUACCGUGUUGGUUACGAUAGUAACAAAAGCGACGACGAGUCACAGAAAACUUGGGUGGAUACCGGACAAUUUAAAUCGGGGUCAUCUUGAUCACUUCUACUGGCUAUUAGCGAUCCUCAGCUUGUUGAACUUCCUUGUGUAUCUUGUGAUUGCUAAGUGGUAUAUUUACAAGAAGGCGACGGGAGUAGCUCGUUGAGACGACGAAGAAUGGUUAGUGACUGUUGAUGAAUUCUUGCAGUCAAUUAGUGAUUUCAUUUUCUAGGAAAUGUUUUUAAGAAUUUUUUUUUAUGUUCAGUUUGGUUGUGUUGGUUGGAAAUAGGAAGUGCAUGUAAAUACAGAUGAAUAUUUUUUAAUGCGGUUUAUGAUUAUGAUUUUUAGUUCUGCUCA